CUUUUUGUCCCACCCCCAAUAGGGUAUUCACACUCAUCUUCUUCCACAUUCCUGACACCCUUCUCUUCGCUGCUACCGCGUCGUAGAGAUUACAUAGACUCGAUAGACUGUACGAGAGUUUGAUUCAUAAAAAAAAGUCAUAAAACCCAUCAAAACCAUCACCUUGUUAAACUUACUCCAUGAUGGCCCCUGCUGUUGCCGCCACCACCGACGCGCCUCUCAAAGCGGGAAGCUUUGACGUCGCUCCCGUCUUCGUCUCUGACAAGGCCACCCGUGACGAGGCAGCUCUUGCUCUCGUUGCCGCUGCUAAGAAGGGCGGUGUUGAUUUCUUUGCUUCUGUUGGUUUCAACGACGCUGUUGUCAAGGCUCUCACCGACAAGAAAUCUCCUGGUGUUCGCGAGGCCGCUUGCAGUGCCAUAUCUACUUUAUGCGAGAACGGCGUAGCUAUCCUCCUUGAACCCUAUGUCGUCUCUUCCGAGCCUAACACUCCUUUUCCCGUUCUUUUGGAAACUUUCGCCGACAAGAUUCCCGCUGUCAAAGAUGCCGCCGUCGCCGCCAUCAAGGCCAUUGUUCAAUCUAUGAACCCAUGGGCUACCUUUGUUUUGCUGCCUGCUCUUCUUGAACAAGUCAAGACUGCUGGCAAAUGGCAAAUCAAGGCAGGGUGUCUCGAUGUCCUUCAACAGCUCAUCGUUUCCGCCCCGUCACAGAUGGGUAUGGCCAUGCCUGAUCUCGUGCCUGUGUUGGCUGUUGCCGUGUGGGACACCAAGGCAGAUGUCAAAAAGGCUGCCAAAGUGACUCUGGAGAAGGCUACCGCAUUGGUCGAGAACAAAGAUAUAGAAAAAUUCAUCCCAGCCCUGGUCAAGUCCCUUCUCAACCCCAUCGAAGAGGUCCCAAAGACCAUCAACCUUCUCGCCGCUACAACCUUCGUUUCUGAGGUUACUGCUCCUACCAUCUCUCUCAUUGCUCCUCUGCUCAUUAGAGGCUUAGAUGAACGUGCGACCGCUAUCAAACGUAAAGUCUCCGUUAUCGCCGACAACAUGUCCAAGCUCGUCGGCUCCGAAUACGUUGUUCGUCCAUUCCUUCCUGCACUUCUCCCUCGCUUGAUCAAAACUGCCGAAACCAUCGCCGAUCCCGAGGCUCGCUCAGUUGCCAACCGGGCUAUCGCAACAUUGCGCAGAAUCGGUAAAGUACCCGAGACCUCUGACGGUACCGACCUUCCCCCUCUCAAGAUCGCUCAAGGUCCUGAUCUUGCCACCAACCUCGUAGCUUUGAUCAAGAAGCAGGGCGGCGUGUCUGUGGAACAGACCAAUCCUGCUCUUUUGUAUUCCGGUGUACUGGCUGCGUCCCUCGUCAAUGCUCACAACUUUGAGCAACGCGCUUGGGAAGCGACUCUCCCUCGUUACAUCGAGCUCGCCGUGCCCAAAUUCGAGUCUGGUCCCGUGGUGCGUGAGCUGCUGCAGAAGAAGGCAGAUGAACAGGAAACCACCGAGCUCAAGUUUGACGACGAGGAGGAGGGCGAAGAUCUGUGUAACAUUGCCCAGUUCAAUCUGGCGUAUGGCGCUAAGAUCCUCCUUCACCACGCCUCUAUGCGACUCAAGCGUGGUCAUCGUUACGGUCUUCUUGGUCGUAACGGUACCGGUAAAUCGACGCUCAUGAACGCCAUCGUCAACAACCAGCUCGACGGCUUCCCUCCUCCCACUGAGGUUCGUACUUUCUACGUCCAACAUGACAUCGACGGUUCAGAGGAAGACAUUUCCAUCAUUGACUGGGUGAUGGCAGACAAGCGUCUGCUAGGGACUCCCGAGGAGCAAAAGAAGACUCUCGAGUCUGUCGGGUUCGACGAAGCCAAGCAAAAGAACUCUAUCGGUUCGCUUUCUGGUGGUUGGAAGAUGAAGCUUGCUCUCGCUCGUGCCAUGAUGUUCAAGGCCGAUAUUCUUCUUCUCGACGAACCGACCAACCACUUGGAUGUGCUCAACGUCACGUGGGUCGUCGACUAUCUCACUUCGCUCACACACUGCACAUCUAUCAUCGUCUCCCACGACUCGGACUUCCUCAACCGAACCAUCACCGAUGUCUUGCACUUGAACAACUUCAAAUUGAAGCGAUACCCCGGUAACCUCCAAACGUUUGUCGGGCACGUACCCGAGGCCCGCACAUACUUUCAGCUCGACGUAUCUGAUACGUACCAAUUCAAGCUGCCCAACCCCCCGAUCCUUGAUGGCGUCAAGACCAAAGAGAAAGCGCUGCUUAAAAUGCGUGAUGUGUCCUUCCAGUACCCUGGUUCAGCUGUCCAACAGCUGUACGACGUCUCGCUACAAGUCUCUCUCUCCUCACGUGUCGCCAUCCUUGGUCCUAACGGUUCCGGUAAAUCAACUCUGGUCAAGCUGUUGACCGGUGAGACUGAACCCAACAUCAAAGGAACGGUCUGGAAACAUCCCAACUUGGUCAUCGGCUAUGUCGCCCAACAUGCUUUCCAUCACAUUGAUAAUCAUCUCGACAAGACACCGCUCGAGUACAUGCUCUGGCGUUACCAAACUGGAGAGGACCUUGAAGAGAUGAACAAGGCCAACCGAAUCAUGAGCGAGGAGGAGAUGAAGAAGAUGAAGGAAGGAGCCAUGAUCCUCAAAGAGGGUGUGAAGCGGUUCAUUGAAGAGAUUGUGGCCAGGAAGAAGCUCAAGCAAUCUUACGAGUACGAGGUUUCGUUCAAGGGCAUGUCUUCCGCCGAGAACAUGUGGUUGCCUCGUGACGAGCUCAUCACUCGUGGUUUCGAGAAGAAGGUUAUGGAGCUUGAUGCGCGUGAAGCUCAACGACUCGGUCUCCUUCGUCCUCUCGUCCGACGUGAAAUAGAAAAACACUUUGAAGACUUUGGUCUGGAAGCCGAAUUUACAUCUCACAACACUAUGCGUGGUCUGUCUGGUGGUCAGAAGGUCAAGAUUGUUCUCGGUGCCGCCACAUGGCGUCGUCCCCACAUCAUCUGUUUGGAUGAACCUACCAAUUAUUUGGACAGAGAAUCACUCGCCGCUCUUAUCGCCGCUUUGAAAUCUUUCGAAGGUGGUGUGCUCAUUAUCACCCACAACCGAGAGUUCUCAGAAUCGAUUUGUUCCGAAGUGUGGGCCAUGCGUGACGGUCAUCUCGAAGCUUCAGGUCACAACUGGGUAGAAGGUCAAGGUUCCGGUGAACGUAUCGACAAGAAAGGGGGAGGAGAGGAAGAUGAGGUGCAGUAUGACGCUCUGGGUAACCCCAUCGCCGCCGUUAAGAAGGUACAAAAGAAGAGCGCUGCUGAAUUGCGGAAAGCCAAGAAGGACCGUAUGGCUCGACGAAAACGAGGAGAAGAGGUGUUUACGGAUGAGGAGUUGUAGGGGGGAGGGUUGAUAUUUACACACUCGAUGUAGACGUUUUAACGAUCAUCCAUGGCUUCUUCCCUUGACGAUCUCAUAGUCGAUGUAGAUUCCGUCUUUGUUGGCUGGUCCUCCCCCUCGGUUUCUUUAUUUAGAUUUCUGUUCGUAUCCCGACAUUCCUUUUCUCACGCAUCUGGUCUUUAAGCAUAUGACCAUGACUGUCAUUAGUUUUCUUUGUUCAUAUAGCGUUGAUGCAUCGUGUUAUUGCUUUCU